CAGCCUCCCUAUCGUCCGAGACGCCGGCCUUAAACAUGAUACUGCUCCGGCGGAUACAGCUGAUGCACAUGGAGGGUCAGGGCUGGUUCGACAUCGCCUACAACUUCUUGGUGGGGAUGGACGGCGUGGUGUACGAGGGCCGCGGCUGGGGCAUCGUCGGCAGCCACACCAAGAACUACAACGCAGUCAGCGUGGGCGUCGCCUUCAUCGGCCACUUCAUGCAGGAGCUGCCCUCCCCAGAGGCGGUCGCCUCCCUGUGGCGGCUGCUGGAGCAAGGCGUGCGCCUGGGCCACCUGUCCCCUGACUACCGCAUCCUUGGAUACUGUCAGUGCCGGCCGUCGGAGAGCCCGGGCCGCGCCUUCUUCUCGCUGAUACAGACGUGGCCCCGUUGGGCUGAAACGGCGCCUCCUCCUCCUCCAGAGGCCUCCAUCACGUACGGUUCUCAGCAAAGUGGGACGCUCUCUGUACAGACAGUGGCGACCACGAUACCUGUACGAGAUGAUGUCGAUAAUGGAAGUGUAAUAUCUGGCACAUUAGAAACGGCAGCAGUAGAUGAUUCAUCGCAAUUGGACAGCACCCUCAAUCGCCAGCUAUCAGAGACAGCCAGCGAGGCCCAUAGCGUCACGUCUUCUCUUGCAGAAGAACCUCAGGUGCAAGAUACUGUGGACCAUGACGAGGACGUCAGCGAAGAGGAUUCCGCGGACACAGAUGAGCAAGACGAGACUAGCAACGACCAGGCGUUCACUGGGGAUUGGUAUCAAGAGCGGAAGGCAGUACAUGUGUCAAACUCACGAAAUGUUCGAGUGGGCGAAGUCGCCUACGUGUUGGGGUCACUUAACAUCAGCCAAGUUUUGCAGACACACAGUGUUGAGAAGAGGCUGUUCGUGAGCAAUGGCUGCCAAGAGAAGGAGCUACGCGUGGUGCGACGCAGCGAGUGGCGGGCGCGGCCGCCGGCGAGGCACGUGACUCCGCUGUGCAAGCCUGCCACCAAGGUCGUCCUCUGUCAUACGGAUUCAGGCUGCGUCGCGGAAGCAGAGAGGGAGGCUGGGCACUUGCGGACGCUGCAGGAGGUCGCGGUGCACGGCAGGGGCCUGGAAGACAUCCACUACAACUUCCUGGUGGGCGGCAGCGGCUGCGUGUUCGAGGGCCGCGGCUGGGACGUCAGGCCCGGUCUGCCGCGCAGCUGCGACGACUCCAGCGUGGCUGUCGCCUUCGUCGGCGCACACCACGACCAUCCGCCCACCGCGCAGGCCGUGGAGGCCUUCCACCAGCUGAUGGCUGUGGGCGAGCGGGAGGGCCACCUGAGCGCGGACUGGCGCCUGCUGGCCCACUGCCAGCUCCACGACACGGACAGUCCGGGCCGCGCGCUCUACCAGCUGCUCAAGACGUGGCCGCGAUGGGCCGGCGCACGCGGCGCAGAAAUAUUUGACCUGAAACUGGUGUCGCGAGUGCAGUGGCUGGCCAUUCCAGCAGUAGCGCCAAUCUCGAAGCUGCAGCGCCCUGUCAAGACGGUCGUCAUCUGUCACACCAGAACAAAGGAAGCUACAGGUGCGGAGGGUGAGCGCCGUCAGAUGCGCAGCCUCCAGAACUUCGAGGUGCAUUGCCGCGGGCGGGCGGACCUGCCGUUCCACUUCGUGGUGGCGCCGUCUGGCGCCGUGUACGAGGGCCGCGGCUGGGAGCUGGCGGCAGACCUCAGCCUGGGCGUGGAGACGGACGCUCCAGAGGACCGUGGCGGCCGCUGCCUGGUCGUGGCGCUGAUGGGCGCCUUCUGCAGACGCCUGCCGACGCCUACCGCGCUCCACGCCUUGGAGACCCUGCUGGCGCUGGCGCAGGACCGGGGGGUCCUGGCACAGGACUACCACCUGGUGGGCCACUGCCAGCUGGCAGGCACCAUCAGCCCGGGCGGGGCGCUCUUCUCGCUCCUCAAGCAGUGGCCACACUGGACCGACCGGCCGUUUGGCGAUGAAGAUCGCGACGCUGAAGAAAGCGACCAUGUACAGUGACAGUGACUGCUCGAGUAUUGACUCGUUCUGAUUUUCUGAUGCUGCUUAAUAGAACGAACCUUCCGUCUAAAUCGUGACAAUGAAACAGUUAAUUUUCUCAAGCAGAUCGACUAAAAGGAUACUGGACAAUAGAAAACAAAGUAGCUCUUCCAGUUGUAAUAAAUCUGUAGCUGAGACUGUCACAUCUACAUCUGCAGGGUGUCCCAGAAAUGUUGCGACAAACUUCUAGGGGAUGUGGGGCACAUCACAAGGAUUGAGAAUUACAUAGCAACGCCGUCAUAUUCCGCUAGUUGGGGCUCUACACAAGAGUUUUGGCACCCACACUUACCGGCUUUAUAGAGCCUUGAUUUCUUUCUGUGGUGAGCCAAGAAAUCUCUCAUGUAUCGCAAACCUGUGGAAUCUGAACUGGAUCCCGUCGCUGCUACAAUCAAAGAAACUGCCGGUGUCUGGCGUCCGGCAGUCAAUGUUACGUCGAUGUCUGUGUGCAUGGCGUCUGAUGGUGCGAACUUCGAGCAUCUGUUGUAACAUCAGAGCCGUAUUCAUUUCGUACACCAUGUGUACUCGUUAUGUCCAAUAAAUGUUUCAAGUGAACCUCUCUCAGAUCUUCGGCCUCUGUUGCUACUUACCCCUAAUGUUUGCGGUCAUGGGUUCCUACGCAAUUCUCAAUCCUUAUCUUGUGCCCCACAUCGUCUAGAAGUUUGCUGCAACAUUUCUGGGACAUCUCGUACAUCUAGAAAUACACUCUGAAAGUUACCUAAUCGUGUGUGUUGAAGGGUCCACCUCCCACCUC